AUAGAUGACUUGACGCUUUUUGCCUUAUGAUGUUGCUGAUGACAGAGACAAAACAACACAGGGAGAACUGUACAUAUUAACUUCACUCGUCGACUAUAGAGUAUAUUUGACAACUGCCGAUUCCUCGAUGAUAAAUAAGGUCAACAACGGGCAGUGAUACUCGAAGCAUAAUCAAGGCUACCGCUUUAUAGAGGAGGACUGUCAACAGCAGAGCUGAUUGAUUAUAAUUGGUGAGAUGUAGCCGAUGAAAUGGAGUAUGAUGAGAGACUUGCACUUUUCCGCCAAACCCGCCUCAAUCCCUUCGAUCGUGGAGAGGAAGACGAUGGUCACCAAGAAGGCAAGACGCCCCCACAGCACGAAGCAAGGCCUGAGAUGUUCUCUGGGACCAGAACCCACAGUUCAGAUCGGACCAUGGACCUUGGUUUAGCUGAGGACCACUUCUCAAGGCCUAUGGGUUCGUUUGUGGCGUCCGACAUUGAACAGCUGAAAGUGGCCAUAGAGGAGUGUAAAAAGAUGAUCUUGGAGCUGCCAGAACACUCGGAGAGACAGAAGGACACUGUAGUGAAACUUAUUCACCUUCGUCUCAAACUGCAGGAGCUUAAGGACCCCGAGGAGGAUGAGCCUAAUCUGAGAACCCUACUGGAGCACCGCUUUUCCAAGGAAAAGAGCAAGAGUGUGAAACAGACCUGUGACAAGUGUAGCACUAUCAUCUGGGGCCUUAUCCAGACUUGGUAUACGUGCACAGGUUGCUAUUAUCGUUGCCAUAGUAAGUGUAUGAACAUGAUCACCAAGCCCUGUGUCAGGUCAAAGGUCAGCCACCAGUCUGAGUACGAGCUCAGCAUCUGCCCUGAGAUAGGACUAGACCGGCAAGACUACCGUUGUGCAGAAUGUCGCACUCCUAUUUCACUGAGGGGUGUGCCAAGUGAAGCCAGACAGUGUGACUACACAGGCCAAUAUUACUGCAGCACAUGCCACUGGAAUGACACAGCAAUCGUCCCAGCUCGGGUCAUCCACAAUUGGGAGUUUGAGCCACGCAAGAAAUGCCUGUUUAUGAAAGCCAGUCAGCAUCUGACCCACUUUCAAGUUCCACCCAGGUCAGGAGGAGGGUUGGGAAUCCAGGUUUGUCGUUCCUCAUUGCGCUACCUGGCCCUGAUGCUGCCACGACCUGUGCUGAAGCUGAAAGAAAUCAACCCGCUGCUAUUCAACUUUGUGGAGGAACUGGUCGAGAUCAGGAAACUCCGUCAAGAUAUUCUGUUGAUGAAACCUUACUUUAUUACCUGUAAGGAGGCCAUGGAGGCUCGGCUAUUACUACAGCUACAAGAUCGGCAGCACUUUGUGGAGAACGAUGACAUGUACUCACUUCAAGAUUUGAUUGACAUCUCCAGUGGCAGACUCAGCUGCUCCCUCACAGAGAUCCACACCACGUUUGCUAAGCACAUCAAACUAGACUGUGAGCGUUGUCAGGCCAAAGGAUUUGUGUGUGAGUUGUGUAAAGAAGGAGACAUCCUGUUCCCUUUUGACAGUCACACCUCAGUCUGCCACGAGUGCUCUGCUGUCUUCCACAGAGAUUGUUACUAUGACAACUCCACAACUUGUCCACGAUGUGCCCGAAUGACUGAUCGCAAGCAGGACGAGGAGUCAGACGUGAAAGAUGCAUAACUCUGGAGAGGACCACCUGACAUUACAGGAUGUUGCACUUUGCCUUGUUGUGCUCUACUCGAUCAAGAAGGUCUGAUGGAAGACUAGCUUUUCGUCUUUGUCCACGAUUUGUUUUGUGCAUAUGUUUUGAACUGUAGUGUAUUUAUCUUCCUGUACACUAUGAAGCAGGGUACUUAGAAACCCAUCUGGAAAUUAAUAUAUAUAUUUUUUUUAAUCCAACUUUUUAAUCCAUACUGAAAUUGGAUCUACUGAACACUGUGUAUGUGUGUGUCGCAUUAGUGUGUGUGUCUGCUUGUAUAAAUGUACAGAAUAAAUGCCCUAUAGAGAAAAGCCACCUCAUCAGUAGGUGAUUAUGCAUGCAGGAGUUGCAUAUUAACUGUUACAAGCCUCGGGUGCAUUAACCUAUACUGCCAACUUUGCUGAAUAGUAAACUUUAAGAUUGCCAUAUACACACCAUCACCAAAUCAUAUUAACUAGAAAUUUGCCUUUCAGCUUCCAUGUUUUUAUUUUAGAUACAAAAACAUGCUCGAAAGUUAAGUGAAUGACCUUGCACUGAGAUGUCAUUUCCAAGCAUCAGUUUAUUAGGUCAUAUAAGUUAGUAUGAUGCAUAGUGUUUAAUUAGUUUACAAUAAGAAAUGAAUUAAAUAUAUUAGACUAUGUGAUCAUAACAUCACUGUAACUUUCUUUUUUCCCCUUUUUACACAUUUUCCAUCACUUCCAACACUGUUCAUAUCUCAAGUACUGUCCCUAAAGCAGUCCAUACUCCUCCUCCAUUUGUGUUACAUGCCUAUUUUCCUUUCAGACUCAUAAUCUGUUGAUCUGUUUAACAUUUAAUAAGAUCUUAAAAAAAUAUUUCCAGGCCUUUAAAUUUCUUUUCAGCAUUCCAUUUUUACCUUACAGUGUAGGCCUGCUUUGAGUUUAUUAAUUGAAUAAAGAAAUUAUAUGGCUUUCAGUUGUUUGAGAAAAGGUUGUGUAUAUACAAUCAUUAAAACCAUAUUUUGAAAUAUAAAUACAUAUAUUGGCAACAGAUGUAUAAUCAAAGCAUGCAUUACCAGUACAUUUUCUUUUAAGAAUUGUUUAAAUGAAAAAGAAAAGCAAUAUGGGAGUUAAAUGUGUUUUCCUUUCAUUCAAAACUGUGAACUCAUUGUAGACAGUUUAAUCUGUGUUUAAUCUGGUUCAGUUUAGUGCAGUGUGUAGCAAAUAGAUGUGAAUACUCAUGAACAUUGUGUGCCUAAGAUUGUCACAGCUGUUAUCCAAACGUCUUAACACACUUAACAUCAUGUUAAUGGUUUCAGUCUUAAUGUACCUAUAGCACAUUUUGUCCAGAGAUGACAAAGAUGUUAAGUAACACAUUUAGUAAUGUGUAAAUGUUGACCUAAAGUAUUUGUUUUAAAAUAAUGAGUUUUGGCUGUGUUAUCUUUCAGCAUGAUGUACUGUAUUUGUUGUUGGGUUUAUUUUUUUCAAACUAAUGGACAUACAUGGUGUUGGUAAAAGCCAUGCCCUGUUGCAAAACAUAGAGUAGUGCAUGAAUAAAGUAAUAAAAUGCAUUAAAGCUGCAGUGUUGUGAUCAA